AUUAAUUUUCACAUUAAUAAAAUCAAAAUUUAUCAAAUUUAUCAGCGGAUUUAUCAAAAUUCCUGCAUAAGCUGACCAACUUCGCAAAUGGAAACAGCUGAAUUUGACAUGCGCCAAGGUAUAUAAAAAACAUGGCGACGGUCAAAACGUUGUUUAGGAAAUGUCAACUAUUUAAAACCAAUUUGCAGGUUCUCAGCUCUUUAACUCAACAAAAUGGAAUGGCUAUGUACCCCAGUUAUUAUAUAGAACCCGUAUAUAAAAAGGAGGACCAAGAAGCAUUAAUAAAGUCGGGAGAGUUUGCAAAAAUCACUCAUUUGCCUACUAAAGCUGCCCUGAAUAAUCAGACAUGUUCAUUGUACCAUGAUCCUCUAGUGGCGUUGUUCACGAACUAUACAAUGCGAGAAGGGAAAAAGGCUUUAGCCAGAGACUUGGUAGAGAAGGCCUUUGAAAGUGUUAAAAGGAUUCAGUUAGAACGGUACCACAGAUGUACAUCCGAAGAAGACAAGGCGAAAAUUGAACUGAACCCAAAAAAGAUUUUUCAUGAUGCCAUAAAAAACUGUAAACCGCUUUUGCAGCUAACGGGUAUUAAAAGGGGAGGAGCUAAAUAUCAGGUCCCAGUUCCAAUAAGUGACAGCAGAUCUCAAUUUCUUGCCAUGAACUGGCUAAUAGAGGCCGCAAAGGAAAAAGAUAGAAAAGUUCGUUUUUCACAUCAAUUAGCAAAGGAGUUAGUAGAUGCAUCCAAUAAUGUCGGACGGGUUGUACGUCGAAAACAAGAAUUACAUAAGCAGUGCGAAGCCAAUAAAGCAUAUGCACAUUAUAGAUGGAGUUAAAUUAGUUUAUUUUUAUAUUAAUAGAUGUAAGUAAUAUGUUAAA